CCCCAUCGUCAGAGUUGUGGGGAUGAAGAAUAUAAACCUCUCCCUGUGCAGGAAUAUGCGCCGAGUGGUGAAACCAGCCUGGAGCUCAGCAGCCUUGCAGACUGGAAGGCAGAGGAAACAUGAAGCUCCUUCUCCCCGCUCUCUUUGCCUUGGCUCUGUGGGCUCCCCUUGGCUGGGCUGCCAGGAAAAAACCUGAAAGCCCAAGCAAGGGCUUGAGUUCCUCAUCCUCUCCUGCCCUAGAUGUGCCAGCCCAUCCCGGGAAGCGACGAAAGCAGCAGGCAGCAAGCGAGCUCGUCUUGGGGAAGGGUGUGGCGGAAGGGACCCUCAAAUCUGUAGCCAAUGUGGAGAGUGUCGCAGGAGAAAAGAGCUUGCCCCAGAAAGGUGAAAAGCCUUCGGUCCUGAAGAACAGUGUCUUGAGGAGGAAGGAGGCAGCACCCCCCAACUACCUGAAUGGCCAAAAUCUGGGACAGGGAGGUGUACCAAAGAAGAAGUUGUCCAAAUUUGGAAAGAAGGUGUUGGGCACAAAGAGAGCAGAGGCUGCCAGCAGCAGCAUGGGUGCAAAACCAGAAUCCGCUGCCCCUGCGACAAACCUCAGCCUGGCCCAGGCAGGCAGUAUGUACCCUCAGAAAGGUUUGAUCCAUGUAGAGAAAACAUCAGUGAGGGAACCUGUUGCUCCACAGAAGGCAAAGGCAAGAAAGGAAUACGCCGUCACAUAUAGGAAUAGCACUCGGAUACAGAUAGGAAAAGUGCCAGGCCCUUGGCAUGGAAAUGAGAGCCAGGCACUCUCUAGUCCUACCCACAAAAAUACUGGCAAGGCAAAAGAAGGAAAGGAGCCCAGAAAGCUCCAAAGCAAUGCCAGUCGGGCACUGCUGCAGAAGGAGAACAUCUCUCCCCACAGGAAUACCAGCAGGCCAGCAUCAAGAAAGGACCAUGGCCCCCUCUUCAGAAAUGCCAGUCACACCCCAAUGCGCAAAGAGUAUAGUGCCCUCACUAGGAAUGGCACUCAGGCCCAGGGAGUGAAAGAGCCCAGGCUUCUUCUCCCCAAAAAGGCCAGCAAGGCGCAAUCAGAGAAAGAACAUGGCAUUCCGUCGGCAAACACCAGUUGGUCACUGACAAGGCAAAAGCAGGGCAUCUCCCAGAGAAAUGCCAGCCAGGCACAGAUGAAUAAGCGGCUCAGAGUUGUUCACAUAAAUGCUAGCCAGGCACAGUCAGGGAAAAGACUCAUCGCCCCAAAUAGGAAUACCAGCUGGGUUGAGGUCAGGAAGGAGCCCACCCUUACCCAUAAGAAUGUCAGCCAGGCAGUGCCACAGGAAAAACCCAGAUUUUCUCACAGGAAUGCCAGCCAGGCAUUGCCAGGGAAGCAGGAUGGCUCCCAGCAAAGGAAUAUCAGUUGGGCAGAGGUAAACAAGGAGCACAGACCUUCUCACCAGAAUGCCAGUUGGGCAUUGCCAAGGAAAGACUCCAGUUCUUCCCGCAGAAAUGUCAGUCGGUCACUGGCAGGGGCAGAACAUGGCAUCCUGCACAGGAAAGGUGGACAGGCACGAGCAAGGAAUCUGCCUGGUGUCCCCUUCAGAAACAUCACCCAAACUGUGGCUGUGAAAGAACAAAACGUAUCUCAUAAAAAUGUCUUCAGAGCAGGAGGCACACCAAAAUGGCAACCUGCCAUGCCAAAGGAAAGAGAUGAGCCCAUAAUGCCAUCCUUGCCUGUGACCUGCUUGCUUUCUGAACAUGCCAUCGCUUGUGGCAAUGCUCGCCUGAAACACGUGCCCAGGCUGAGUGACGCUGCGCUCAGAACCCUCUACCUGGCAGAGAAUGAGAUCACACAUGUCCCAGCUGGGAUUUUCUUGGGGCUGCCCAAUCUAGAAUGGCUGGAUCUCAGCAAGAACAAGCUGGAUUCUGCAGGCCUGCACCCAGAAGCUUUCAAGAAUCUCACCAAGCUGAAGCGCCUGAAUCUGGAUGGGAACCGCCUCACUGUAGUCCCAGCUUUGCCCAGUUCACUACAAGAGCUAAAGAUGAAUGACAAUAAUUUAGAAGGGCUGCAGAGACACAACUUCCGAGGCCUCUUCAAGCUGCUCACCCUGGAGCUGGAGGCAAAUGAGCUGCAUGAUGGGAACGUUCUCCCCACCACUUUCAAGCCCCUGAGCAGACUCAUCUACCUGCGACUGGAUCGGAACCGCUUUCGAGCCAUCCCGUCAGGUUUGCCUGCCUCCUUGCAGGAGCUGCACCUCGACUCUAAUCGCAUUGAGGAGGUGACUGAGAGUGUCCUCAACAAAACCCUGAACCUAACUGUGCUGGUUCUGAGCAACAACAAAUUGCAGGAAGAUCGCAUUGCUCCACGUGCCUGGAUAAACCUUCCGAAGCUGGAGGCCUUGGACCUGUCUCACAACCGCCUAGUGCACGUGCCUUCAUUUCUACCCCGGCACCUGAAGCAGCUGACCCUGCAUCACAACCGCAUUGAGCGCAUCCCUGGCUACGUCUUUGCCCAUAUGAAGCCUGGCCUGGAGUUCCUGCAUCUGUCACACAAUGCACUGCGGGACGAUGGCAUCCACGCCGUCUCCUUCCUGGGGCUCUACCGCUCCCUUGCUGAGCUGCUCUUGGACAACAACCAGCUCCAAGCCAUUCCCCGUGGCAUCCUGAACUUAAAGGGGCUGCAGGUUCUGAGACUGAGCCACAACCGCAUCAGGCAUGUCCCCCUGAACUCUGUCUGUGACACGCGGGUGGCAGAGGACUCGAACAUUGUGUCGAUGCACCUGGAAAACAACUUGAUUGACCGCCGCCGGAUCCCACCCACAGCCUUCUCCUGCAUCAAAGCCUACCACAGUGUAGUGUUGCGGCCGCAACAGAAUGAAGAGGACGACUACUAAAGGUGCCUUGCAGAUCACUCCCAACAGCUGUGAGGUGGUCACAAGCUAUGGGACCGAGCACUGUCCCAAUCUGGGGGCGUGGGGAGAGAUAUUGCUCUUCAAGACAUCACAGUGC